CGAUAAAUACAGAUUUGUUUUCAUACAUAUUCGAUUCGGAACAAAAACACCAUUACUUGUAAGUUGUAACGGGAUCCCCUCGUAAUCUGAUCUUUUUGAAGCAUAUGCGGCUUUUAUCUAUUCAAAUAUAAUACACGGUAUGGUUUCGUGUGACGAAAAAAAAUCAGAGCUGAUAUCUGUGGCCAGGGAAAAAUCGGGUAACAAAGAUGACGAAACUUCGAUAAUAUUCACCGAGCAAUUUGUCAAGCAAGUACACCACUUCAGCUCUCAGUACGGAAGCGAUAUAAGCAUUUCAUACACUGCCUACAAUGUGGCAGGAAACCCCAGUAAAUUUCCCGACUAUGGCGAUUUUCCUCAAGCAUUUGUCAUGAGGACCUACGGUUGCUGGUGGGACAAAGCACCUUCGAAGCUAAUCGACUACAUGCCACAAAACAAUGAGCAUGUGGUCUGUCAGGAUUAUAUUGAUGUGGCGUAUGAUCGCGAAGUUUAUCCCAUCCGAGUCUCGGUUUACGAGACUUACAACCCGGGAAGUGUUGUCGGGAUAUGGGCAAUGGAGAGCAAUGGAAGGUGGAGGCGUCUAUGGAGUGGACCUCCACAGAUAGUAUCGCACAAGCCAAGGAUAUUUUCUCCUCCUCUACAGGAGUGUAAAUUCAAAACAAGGAUGCUACGACUGGAAUUCAACCACAGCAAGUUAGACUACUAUACGGAAUUAGAUGCAAUUCUUUUAAUUGGAACAUCGGAGCUAAUACAACCACACUUUAAAUUUCAUAACACCAACUUGAGUUCUCUUCUCCAGCUACUUGACAGGAGUACUUAUAGCUGUAAUGACAUUCACAAUUUAACACCAGAUUAUCUCAAGACUCACAGAGACUUGAGAGAAUUCAAAAACAUAUUGUACGAACACUGCCAACUAUCAAAUGGCAAUGUAACAGGGAAAAUACAAAAAGGAAUGAUCGUGGACAAAUUAGGAACGGACUUCCAAUGUAUACCACCUAUCGAAGAAGCUGUUCAAAGCUUACACAAGUUUCUCCAAGAGGAUUUUCCAAAACUUAUGCAGGAUAUCAAUUUAUCAUCAUCUGGGACUCGUCUUGUGGCAGCCAAAAAGACAGGUACAGCUCAACCGUCAAGCGACAGUUGUGGCAGUUUUUCCAUGCUACCGAAUGAAGCUGUCUUCAAGAUUCUGAAAAACCUGGACCUUAAAUCGCUGAGUCGGUGCUGUCAAGUAAAUAGACAUUUCAACAACAUAGCUCAGGACGCACUUCUCUAUACCAGUCUUAAUAUGAAACCAUACUGGUACUGCGUGGAUGGAAAAACCCUGAAUACUUUGUCUUCAAGGUGUCAGUACUUGCAACGUAUUGAUCUUUCCUGGUGUGGAAACUACAAUACAAUCACCUCCAAGGAUAUACAGGACUUUCUAACUUCCAGUGGAACCCAACUAACUAACCUCAGAUUCAACUGCUGCCAAUUUGUUAACAACUCGGUUAUCCUAAAAGUUUCGGUUAUAUGCAAGAAUCUCAAAGAAUUAUGUCUCCGCAACUGCCUGGAGAUAACAAAGGACGGUUUUUGGCCCUUGGCAAACUUGCAGCAGUUAGAAAGAUUGGAGCUUUAUAGAACAAUGAUACAGACUCCGUCUCUUUGCGCAAUUCUGAAAGGAAAUCGAAACAUGAGACAUUUAAAUCUUGCAGCCUGCGAUCACAUUCUCAACAUGGAUGACAUUGCCAUCCAAGUUGCAUAUUCCUGUCCCCAACUGGAGAGUAUAGAUUUUUGGAAAAGUCAUAGCCUCACACCUCAUGGAGUUAGAGCUCUAGCGCGUUGCAGACAACUCAGAGAAGUUGAUUUUGGAUGGUGUCUUGGUAUCGGAGCUCCAGGUGAUUCGCUUCGUGCGUUAGCCUCAUCUUGUCAUGAUCUUGAGAAAGUUUUCCUUGCGGCACUUCGCGGUCUGGUCGAUCGUGACCUAGAACCAUUCCUAGCAUGUCCAAAACUCAGACAGCUAGAUUUACUUGGAGCACGAUCACUUACACCAGAUAUAUGUCUACGAUUCCUCUUGUGCUGUACUGAAUUAGAAAUGAUCGAUCUCAGCUUUUGUGAGGGUAUCAAUGAUUUGAAAAUCCACGAGUGGCAACAGCUUUAUCCUCAAGUAUCUAUCAAACGCAGCUUUCAAGCAAGUUAAGUAAAGUUUUCAUAAGUUCUGUUAUUAUUCUGUCGAGUUUUGGUCUGCUGAUUUAUAAAAUAGUGGUAUUCGAUCGAUGAGGAUCUCGACCUCAUAUCGGAUAAGCACCACUGAUAUAAAAGUAUGGCAGCCCGUUGUGAUACUGACAAUGAGAAAAGAAUUUCCUAUUUGAUAACCGCGGUAUCUUGUGACUGCGCGUGAAUCGCUUCACUCAUCGCUAUUUAUUAUAAGCAUAUAUUCCGAGUACUAUAUAGAUAUGAUAAUAAUUACAACCAUUACUGUUAACAUUAAAUAUUUCUUUGAUUAAACCGUUCACUUUAUCUUUU